CACGCACGCACGCACGCAUGGAUGCAUGGCCAAGUCCAAGAGAGCAAAACAAAAGGAAGGAAGGAGGCCAGAGGGGAAUGGUGGCAUUAACUGCCUUGCACACACUCUUGGGGUAGUAGGCAGUUGGGCCGAGGGGGGAGCGCCAUUAUAAGGUCUCCAGCAGCAGCAGGAAGAAGAGAACCAUAGCCACAGAUCCACAGGGUUCUUUCUUCUUCUUCUUCCCCACUGAACUGAAGCCAGGCAUGGCGUCGUCGAACAAGCACUGGCCCAGCAUGUUCAGGGCGAACCCGGCCUGCGGCUUCGAGCAGUACCAGCCACAGUCUGACUUGAUGAACAACGACAACCCCCACAGCCAUGGCUCCUCCCCCUCCUCCCUCCUCAGCGGCUCCAAACCCUCCUUGCUCUCCUCAGGGAUGGAUCAGGAGGGACGGAGCACGGAGACGAAGGCGCGGUGGAGCCCGCGGCCGGAGCAGAUCCGGAUCCUGGAGGCGAUCUUCAACGCCGGCGUGGUGAACCCGCCGCGCGACGAGAUCCGGCGCAUCCGGGCGCGGCUGCAGGAGUUCGGCCCCGUCGCCGACGCCAACGUCUUCUACUGGUUCCAGAACCGCAAGUCCCGCACCAAGCACAAGCUCCGCCAAGCCGCCGCCUCCGCCGCCCGCGCCUCUUCUUCUUCCUCGUCUCCGGCGCCGGCGCCGCCCGUCACCCCGCCGCCGCCGCGGAAGCAUCUCGUGCUCGGCUCUAACAACUCGUCUUCGUCUUCUUCCUCUGACCGCUCCUCCGGGUCCUCCAGCGGCGGCGGGAAGGCGGCGUCCGUGGUCAAGCCGCCGUCGGCUGCCAUGGCCGCCGACCUGUUCGCGCCGCUCUCUGGGUGCAGCCAGCUCUACUACAACCGCCAUCCCAUGCUUACGGCGGCGCCCGAGCCGCAGCCGGCGCCGCUGACCCUGCAGUGGCCGCCGCCGUCGCAGAGCCAGCAGCAGUACAGCUAUUACCUGCCGGCGACGGAGCUCGGCGGCGUCGUCCUCGGCUCCGGCUCCGGCCACGCGCACGCUCACGCGCAAGCGCCGUCCAUGGCGUCCCCCGGCGCCGCCGCGCUCCUCGACGGCGCGUUAGGGCUUACACAAGACAGCAUCGACGGCAUGAGCUCCUACGCUGCCGUCAAGGGGCCCUGUGAUACUAAUGGCCAGUUCUCCAUCAAUGCCGCCGCAGCUUCAGUAGGAGUCUCCGACGCCAUGAUGAGCGCCGCCGUGUUCACGGAGGAGGAAGAUAAGGCAAGCUGGCUCGGCGGCGGCAGACUGCUGCACUACGCCUCCGCCGCCGCCACGUCCGAUGUGGUUAGUACGGCUGCACCGCUGAGCGUCAACGCGGCCCCCAGCUCUGCGUUGACCGAUCAGCUGGUGCUGCAAGAUGGGUUAUUGUGA